AUGCCUCUCCAACCCUCAUCAGUUCUUACGCUUCCCGUCGAGCUCCUGCGCCGUAUCGUGGACAUGGCGGUCGACGACGGACGCUGGGAGGACCUCACGACAGUCGAGUCCCUGAUGCGCGUCAGCAGAGCCUUCAACGGCAUAGCGGCGCCGAUCCGCUGGCGGGUCAUCGACCUCUACAAGCGGCGCGAGUACACCGAGGACGAGUUCUUCGACACCUUCUCCGAGCGGACUUGCAGCCUGUUCCGCCGACUCGAGGCGAGCGGGCCGCACUGGAGCGGCGCUCUGUCCGACACGCAGCAGACUACCUACACCAACAUCUACCUUCGCUUGCCGAAGGUGGAAGACAUCGCCUUCUGCGCUGUUGCCGAGGAGGCGAAGAAGCUUGUCUACCCUCGCCUCACGCACUUCUUCGCCGACGCAGGCCUUCCGCGCUACGCCAUGACGCCCAACGAGACCGACAAUCCCAGAAGCAAGAUCGAUUACGACGGACUCGCCCUGCUUGACCCGAUUAGAGUCACUUCCGUCGUUGUGGUCGCAAUCUUCGUUUCCGGCGCUCUCGAGGCGGUUCUGUCCCGCCUCUCGUCCUUCACCGCCAUCGGAGAACUUCAUAUCUCGAUGCAGUUCGGCACGAUCUUUAACUUGAGCAGUCUUGCGGCUGUCCGAUCGCCGCUGCGUGCGCUCACUCUCGACACCGAAGGAUGCGUCAGCAUGUGCCGUACGCUCGUCCAGCUUCUCGCGGCCUAUCAAGACACGAUCGAAUACCUCAAAGUCAGCGCCCUCCUCGUGACCGACCCGAACUGCCCUCGCCCUUCCCUUCCUCGCCUCCGUCACCUCGUCGCCAAAGUUCCUGAACCCGUCGGCUUCGCCUCUCUCUUCACCUCUUCGCCAAUCGAGAUUCUCGACCUCGCCAUCUUGUCACCGUACGGACCGCUUGGCAACUCGCUCGCCGACACGGUUCACCAACUGCGCAAUACCCUCGAGAUCAUCAUGGUCGACGCGCAACUGCUCGGCUCGCCCGCCACCGAUUUCGGCAAUCUGCCCGAGCUAUGGAAGGCUGACGGUAUCGGAUGCAUCAUACCGCUGAAGGAGGACCCCUUCUGGAUGAAGGAGAUUCGCCACUUCGACGAGUUCCAGCGGGCGAAGAAGGUCGGCGGCAUCGGCAUCAUCUCGGACGACAUGUUGCACGGCGGAUGGGAGCUCGUGAGGGAGUACUAG